UAGUCAAAGGCCUCAAUUCUUUCAAGAAGCUGUCAACUAGGGACCGUGAGAGCACUAAAGAAUCUGGUAAAGACCCCACACCUAGUUUUAUGAUGAAAACCAAUAUGGAAAAUAUGGAACAGACAACACACAAAGAACCACACGAGCAAGAUCGGGGAAGGCAGGAAGCAGCAGACGACAUCGAAGGAGGAACACACGGAAAAGUGGAGCAGAAGCAACAGGGACUACGUGAACAGGUGAACGACGAGGGACAGAGAGGGCAACCAGAAGCGGAUAACGACCACGAGGAGGAACAAGGAACGCACAACGGAGUGGACAAGGAGGAACAGGGCAGCCAAACUUGGAGUGGCAAUCCCGGCAGCAACAGCUCAGAAGCGGACGCAGUUCCCUCGUCGGCGAUUUCAGUGCCAGCACCCCGACCUUUAGGAGGCGGGAUGUCUGUGGUUGGCAUUGACCUCGGGUUUCUCAACUGCUACAUCGCCGUAGCGAGGAGCGGCGGCAUUGAGACCAUCGCCAAUGAGUACAGCGACAGGUGUACCCCGGCCUGUAUAUCUUUGGGAUCAAGAACUCGAGCCAUCGGAAAUGCAGCUAAAAGCCAGAUAGUCACAAAUGUAAGAAAUACAAUUCAUGGCUUCAAAAAGCUUCACGGACGAUCAUUUGAUGAUCCCAUCGUGCAAACUGAAAGGAUCAGACUUCCCUAUGAGUUGCAGAAGAUGCCUAAUGGAAGUGCAGGAGUUAAGGUGCGGUACCUAGAAGAAGAAAGGCCAUUUGCAAUUGAACAAGUCACUGGAAUGCUGUUAGCUAAGCUUAAAGAGACUUCAGAAAAUGCUUUAAAGAAACCAGUGGCAGACUGUGUGAUUUCAAUUCCUAGCUUCUUUACUGAUGCUGAGAGAAGAUCUGUGAUGGCUGCAGCCCAAGUAGCAGGGUUAAAUUGCUUAAGGCUGAUGAAUGAAACUACUGCAGUUGCUCUAGCAUAUGGAAUUUAUAAGCAGGAUCUUCCCUCAUUAGAUGAGAAACCAAGAAAUGUAGUAUUUAUUGAUAUGGGACAUUCUGCCUAUCAAGUCUCGGUUUGUGCUUUUAACAAAGGAAAACUUAAGGUCUUGGCUACUACCUUUGAUCCGUAUUUGGGAGGCAGGAAUUUUGAUGAAGCUUUAGUAGACUACUUCUGUGAUGAAUUCAAGACCAAAUAUAAGAUAAAUGUGAAAGAAAACUCUCGGGCCUUGUUACGUUUAUACCAGGAAUGUGAAAAAUUAAAGAAGCUAAUGAGUGCAAAUGCAUCAGAUCUUCCACUGAAUAUUGAGUGCUUCAUGAAUGACCUCGAUGUUUCUAGUAAAAUGAACAGGUCUCAGUUUGAACAGUUAUGUGCUUCUCUCUUGGCCAGGGUUGAACCACCUUUACAAGGAGUAAUGGAGCAGGCUAACUUACAACGUGAAGAUAUAAAUAGUAUAGAAAUUGUGGGAGGAGCAACAAGAAUCCCUGCAGUGAAGGAGCAAAUCACUAAAUUCUUUCUCAAAGACAUCAGUACCACAUUAAAUGCCGAUGAAGCUGUUGCAAGAGGAUGUGCAUUACAGUGUGCGAUUCUCUCACCAGCAUUUAAAGUGCGUGAAUUUUCCAUAACAGACAUUGUCCCUUAUUCAAUCACACUAAGAUGGAAGACCUGUUUUGAAGAUGGAACUGGGGAAUGUGAAGUGUUCUGCAAAAACCAUCCUGCCCCAUUCUCAAAAGUCAUUACUUUCCACAAGAAAGAACCAUUUGAGCUAGAAGCAUUUUAUACAAAUUUGCAUGAAGUGCCUUAUCCUGAUCCAAGAAUUGGGAGCUUCACUAUUCAGAAUGUUUAUCCACAGUCUGAUGGUGAUAGUUCCAAAGUAAAAGUUAAAGUUCGUGUCAACAUCCAUGGAAUCUUCAGUGUGGCUAGUGCAUCUGUAAUUGAAAAACAGAAUUUGGAAGGAGAUCACAGUGAUGCUCCUAUGGAGACUGAAGCAUCAUUUAAGAAUGAAAACAAAGAUGAUGUGGAUAAAAUGCAGGUUGACCAAGAAGAAGGAAGUCAUCAGAAAUGCCAUGCUGAGCAUACCCCAGAAGAGGAAAUUGAUCAUACAGGAGCCAAAACAAAGUUAGCUCCAUCAGACAAACCAGAUCGAUCAAAUCAAAAUAUUAAAAAAGCAAAAGUCAAGAGUAUUGACCUUCCUAUUCAAAGUAGCUUGUGUAGACAACUGGGCCAAGAUCUUCUCAAUAGCUACAUUGAAAACGAGGGGAAGAUGAUAAUGCAGGAUAAGUUAGAGAAAGAAAGAAAUGAUGCUAAGAAUGCUGUUGAAGAAUAUGUAUACGACUUUAGAGACAAGCUGGGCACUGUCUAUGAAAAAUUCAUCACUCCAGAAGACGUGAAUAAACUAUCUGCAAUAUUGGAAGAUACAGAAAAUUGGCUUUAUGAAGAAGGAGAAGACCAACCUAAACAAGUGUAUGUGGAUAAACUUCAAGAACUAAAGAAAUAUGGCCAGCCUAUUCAAAUGAGGUACAUGGAACAUGAAGAAAGACCGAAAGCUUUAAAUGACUUGGGAAAAAAGAUUCAACUCGUCAUGAAAGUGAUAGAAGCAUACAGAAACAAGGAUGAAAGAUAUGAUCAUUUGGAUCCUGCUGAAGUGGACAAAGUUGAAAAAUAUAUCAGUGAUGCCAUGAGUUGGCUGAAUAGUAAGAUGAAUGCACAGAACAAAUUAAGUCUCACUCAAGAUCCUGUGGUAAAAGUUUCAGAAAUAGUUGCAAAAUCAAAGGAACUGGAUAAUUUCUGUAAUCCCAUCAUUUACAAGCCCAAACCGAAAGUAGAGGUUGCUGAGGACAAAGCGAAAGCUAAUAGUGAACACAAUGGACCAAUGGAUGGACAGAGUGGAACUGAUACCAAGCCUGAGGCAACUAAAGAUAGCACACAGCACCCUAAGUCUUCUGGGGACAUGGAAGUGGACUAAGUCUUCAUUUUACCUUUACAAAUAGUGCAAGUAACCCUAGGGUCCAUUCUUUUACAUCUGGUACACAUAAUAGUUGUUCAGUUGUUCUUAA